AAAAAUCCAAAUGGCUAAUUAAUCUGUUGUCUGAGGAAUUAAAAACAGAGAACUGCCCACUAGAUAAUUAUAGUUGAGACUAUACUGUACAUUCUGGUUGCUUUGCUUGCUUCGCAAUUGAUAGUAAUCCAGCAAGCCUAACUCUUGCAUUCUCUUUCUUCAUUUCGAACAUUCCGAAGCUAAUUCUCGUAGACCCAUCAAUUCUCACGCCCCCAUAACCCAGUGCACCAAUAAAAUAGUCAAUUUCUGGUGAUUAAAAUCUACGCUUUCCUUAAGCUGUAGGGGGUGUGUAGUGAUCAACCUUGUUUGAUGGCUCUUCACUGUGGUGCUUUAUGCUUCAGAAGCGUGGCUUCUCACCCUCCAAGUUCAGUCAAGUUCACUCAGCCUACAAUUAAAGCUUCAGCUUUUUCUUGCCCUCUCUCCUCUCCACUUGCCAAAUUGAAUAUUAGAGGAAAGGCAUUUCCUGGUGAUGGGACACCUGAAACAAAGGAAUCACCUCUUGUGGUUUGUUUCGGAGAAAUGCUCAUUGAUUUCGUCCCAACUAUCAGUGGCCUUUCUUUGGCUGAUGCACCUGCGUUUAAAAAGGCUCCAGGUGGUGCCCCUGCCAAUGUUGCAGUAGGCAUAGCCCGGUUAGGAGGUUCAUCAGCUUUUAUUGGAAAGGUUGGUGAGGAUGAAUUUGGAUAUAUGCUUGCUGAUAUACUCAAGGAAAAUAAUGUAAACAAUGAAGGCAUGCGUUUUGACCCUGGUGCACGAACUGCUUUAGCAUUUGUUACAUUGAGGAGUGAUGGGGAGCGAGAGUUCAUGUUUUAUCGUAAUCCUAGUGCUGAUAUGCUGCUCCAAGAAGAUGAACUCGAUUUAGAGUUAAUUAAAAAGGCCAAGAUCUUCCAUUAUGGUUCUAUAAGUCUUAUUACAGAACCAUGCAAAUCAGCACAUAUAGCUGCAGCGAAAGCAGCAAAAGAUGCUGGUGUAGUUCUCUCUUAUGAUCCUAACCUGAGGCUUCCUUUAUGGCCUUCAGCGGAUAGUGCAAGAGAAGGAAUUCUGAGUAUAUGGGAGAUUGCAGAUAUCAUCAAGAUAAGCGAAGAAGAGAUUUCUUUUCUCACAAAUGGUGAAGACCCAUAUGAUGAUGCUGUUGUUCGUAAACUUUUCCAUCCAAACCUCAAGCUCCUCCUUGUUACUGAAGGUGCGGAAGGAUGCAGGUAUUACACCAAGGAGUUUAGUGGUAGAGUCAAGGGUUUGAAGGUGGAUGCUGUUGACACCACUGGUGCUGGUGAUGCUUUUGUGGCUGGAAUAUUAUCACAAUUAACCGUGGAUCUUUCAUUACUUCAGAAGGAGGAACAAUUGAGAGAUUCUCUCAAGUUUGCUAAUGCAUGUGGUGCAUUGACUGUGACAGAGAGAGGUGCAAUACCAGCUUUACCCACAAAGGAAGCUGUUCUGAAUUGCAUGCUUAAGCCCGUAUCAUAAAUUUACACUCCAAUCUCUGUAAUUAUGUGAGGACUGAGGAUUUUUUGGGGGAAUUUUCUUGGGAACUUAGUGAUCUAAUGCAAUAAAUAAGAACCAAUUGUUUCCACAAUUAAACUAGUAAAGUUAACUCUUGCGAUACACGGAAUCGUUUCGCUAAUUAUUAAUGUAAUUAAUACUUUCU